AUCUUUAUCAAACUCUUGUUGGAUUGUUUUUAAACUCCUAUAUUGAAUAUUUAUUUAUUAAUACAACACUUUGAGUGAGCAAUCAUCAUAUAAUAUAGAAAAUAACAAAAUGCGUUUGUUGGAUACUAAUUCACCAUCGAGUAAUGAUCCACUCGUUUUGAAGUAUGGACAAGUAUUUACUUUAAAGUCAAUUCAUGGUCGUAUGUUAACAAUGAAUACUCACGAAUAUUCGUCCAAAACAUUCUUGAAUGCUUUUGCUCAAAUUUCUGGUGAAGGACAUACACCAUCAGUGGUUGCUGCUAAUACUAGUAAUCAAUUGGCUGCAUCAUCAGUUCAAGAUUUCCUUCAAACAUUAUCUGAACAUUCAUCACCAUCUCAUUAUGGUAGAUUUGUAAUGCAAACUUGUACAUCAAAGAUCAAGAAGGAUACACCAGUUUGUUAUGGACACAUUGUUCAUAUUUACUUUGUGAGAGAUCAAGAUCAAAAGAUGGAAAGUUGUGGAAAGUAUUUGAUUAUGAAUGGUAACUUCCCUCAACUCGGAUUUGUCAAUGAUUCUGAUCAUCAAAAUCCUGAACCAAUUACUGUUUCUGCUAUCAAGACUCUUCCAUUGGAAGAAUUAUCUAAUUUCCCUGUUAGAAUUGGUGAAGAUAUUGGUUUGAAACGUAUUGUUUGUAAUCAAUUGGAUCAAUUCUACUUGUCUGCCAGAAAGACUUCUAACGUUGUCCAAAGAAACAAGUCCACUAACUUAGCCUCAUGGGAAAAGUUCACAAUUUGUCAAAAGGAUGGUAAAUCAGUAACUACUGAUGAACGUAAUCGUCUUUUGAAUGAUUUGUACUCCCAAACUAACUAUCAAAGAGAUAGAACUGUUAUGGUCAGUUUUAGAAAUCAAUUCAAGAAGGCUGUCCCUAAGGAAAACAUCCCUACUGAAACUGAAUUGAAAGCUGUCAUUGAAAAGCAAAUUGGGUUCCCAGUUGAAGAAGUUACCUACCUUGAUAACCUCAACGAUUGGUCCAAUGAAGAAGUUGAUGAAGAAGAACUUGAAGAAGUACCAAUUUCAUCUCUAGGUGAAGCACAAAAGGAAUUUGAAACUCCAAAGGUUCUCCAAACUGAUAAUAAGGAUAAGAAGAUUUUCACCAAGUAUGCCAAGAUUUUGCUUAGCAAAAAGUUAGACAGAGACCUCUUGGGUCACUUCUUCUAUUAUGAGCUCACUAAGAGUUUGUACUUGAAGUUUAUGAUUCCAAAAGAUUUCACACCAAACACCAGAAAAUAAUUACGCAUCAAGAUUGCAUGCUGAUCAGGAUUUAUUGAUUCAAUGGGAUUCUAAUUUUUGAUCAAAAGAGUCAGUUGCUUUUUGAUUCAAUGCUCUUAACUUCAAUUAGUCCACGCUAAAAAAACUGUACAAAAUUCCACGUGCUUCAAAUUAUACAAAUUAUAGAAAUACAAUACCAAAUUAUU